CAGCCAUCAAAAAGCGCAUACAAAGCCCGUCCUGGAAACACUCUUCAGCAGCAUCCACAUCAUGUCAGUCGAACCUGGCAGCGACGAUGGCAGUGCCCACGACUCGGACGACGGCCGUUUGUCAAUAUCAGAGACACAAGACCUUUGCAAUAUCACCUACUCACGUGAGGGAACCAUUGCGGCCUUCAACGGGUAUUUCGAGUUUUUGACGGCCAUGUUCAUGGAACCCGAACUGGUCCACCAACCGCCGGAGGGCGGGUGGCCGGAGAUCACCGUGGACACCAUGCGCACAUUAGGCAAGACAGAGGAAGUUGCGGAAUUGCUUCGUCGUCUCCCAUACACUCGAUUCCCCUCUGGGCAAGAAGGCAAAGCUGGAGGUGCUCCCGGUGGCGGCUUUACCCUGACAGACUGGACCAAGAUUGCUCGAAACGUCUCCAGCGAACACGGUUCGUGUCCAGAGUCUACCAUGAAUCUCUAUCGACAACCGACCGAAGGUGUCUACGAACAUGUGCCGUCACAUGUCGUUGGGCUUGUCUCUGCUGCCCACUUCGAGAUGUUCCUGGAUACUCAACUCGGCGUAAUCUACUUCCCGGGCUGGAUUUACGUUCCAGGUCCCACCGCUGUUGCGCAAGACACCUAUGGUCCUUUCAAGCCAGUGGCAGACGAUCCACAUGACUACGCAUCCACUGAAGAGGCCAAUGACUGGCGAACCGGCGGUAUGGGGUUGAAAUGCGCAUGGGCGAUACCCGAGUUCUUUGAAAUGAUGAAGUAUCAUUUUCGGAAUCUCACCUACCUCCUACUUACCCGGGUUUGGGUUGCAGAGGCCUUUGGUGAAGAUGAAGAGAAUGCCCGAGGCAUGCCCGCCGCCUUUCCGAUCGUUCGUCAGAUAUUUCAGAAGCAUGGAUGGCCAGAUCUUGCCCGGUACCAGAAGGAGAAAUGCAUGGACGAGUUGGACAGUCGGUGGGAGGAGUUGUUUGAUCAUUAGAUGGACUGAGUUCGUGAAUAGGGGAGCUGAGCCGCUUGCUCAGGAUUCAGCGAACUUGCCAAUGGGCAUACUGCCCGACGAAGAUCCACAGGAGUGGAGCUGUUUGCUGAAGCGCGCGCCGAUCGACGACAGAAGUGGCGGGGGAGCAUGCGAAAUUGGGACACAGCAAUGGAUAUUGUGCAACCUCGUGACGCACCAUGC